CGCGAGUGAAGCUACAUGGCCCUGCUCUCACGGAGCCUGCUCAGCCGGGAGGCUCCCAGGCCGGGGCUCCUCCCGGCUCGAGCCGCCUCUCUCGAGGCCCGCACUUGGGCCCCACCUAACGGAGCGGCGGUCACCGCCUCCAGAGGCGAGCGGCGCUGCGGCGGGAGCCCAAGGCCUGGUGAGGCCACAGCAUUCUCCGGCUCCGGUGGUGUUCGAGGGCCCGCCCAUAUCCGUCACCUGACCCCGAUCAGCCAAUCGGCCCGCCCGCCCUGCCCCAGCCCCUCAGCAACGCGCGGAUUGGCCAGUACAGACGCGCCCCGUCCGGCGGCCCCGCCUUCCCCGGCGCCCGGAGCUCUUGUCUGCGCCUCGGGAUCGGCGUGCUGCUGGAUGGAGACUGUCCCGACGCCGAGGAGGGCUGCGCGGGGACGGGCGAUGAGUCCACCCGGCUGCCUCCGAGAGAAGAGUCCGCAGGAGAGGUGCGCGCGGAAAAUUUACAUGGACUAUAAUGCAACCACUCCCCUGGAGCCAGAAGUUAUCCAGGUCAUGACUGAGGCCAUGUGGGAAGCCUGGGGGAACCCUAGCAGCCCCUACACAGCAGGUAAAAAGGCCAAGGAUAUUAUCAAUGCAGCUCGGGAAAGCCUUGCGAACAUGAUAGGUGGCAAGCCUGAAGACAUCGUCUUCACUUCUGGGGGCACUGAGUCGAAUAAUCUCGUCAUCCAUUCCAUGGUGAAGUGCUUCCAGGAAAGCCAGACCCCGCCUGGGGCCGUGGUGGAGCAGCACAGCCCUGAGGAAGGGGCCAGGCCCCACUUUGUCACUUGCACCGUGGAGCACGACUCGAUCCGCCUGCCCCUGGAGCACCUGGUAGAAGGACAGGUGGCUGAGGUCACCUUCGUCCCAGUGUCCCAGGUGAACGGGCAGGCAGAGGUUGACGACAUCCUGGCAGCUGUCCGCCCAACCACAUGCCUUGUGACCAUCAUGCUGGCCAAUAAUGAGACUGGCGUUGUCAUGCCUGUGCCUGAAAUCAGCCAGCGCAUCAAAGCCCUGAACCAGAGGCGGGCAGCUUCCGGCCUGCCGCGCAUUCUGGUGCACACAGAUGCUGCCCAGGCGCUGGGGAAAAGACGCGUGGACGUCGAGGACCUAGGUGUGGACUUCCUGACGAUCGUGGGGCACAAGUUCUACGGCCCCAGGAUCGGAGCACUUUACGUCCGAGGGCUCGGUAAACUGACCCCGCUGCACCCUAUGCUGUUUGGAGGUGGACAGGAGCGCAACUUCAGGCCAGGGACAGAGAACACUCCCAUGAUCGCCGGCCUCGGCAAGGGUCUCACUGAGUUGCUCAGGUCUUUGCUGAGUCAAACUUGCGAUCCUCUAUCUCAGCCUCCCGAGUAUCUGGAAUUACAGGCUGCUGAGAUGGUGACUGAGAACUGCGAAGCUUACGAGGCGCACAUGAGAGACAUCCGCGACUACCUGGAGGAGAGACUGCAGGCUGAAUUUGGUAAGAGAAUUCAUUUGAACAGCCGGUUUCCAGGAGUCGAACGUCUUCCCAACACCUGUAACUUUUCCAUCCAGGGACACCAGCUUCAAGGCUAUGUGGUGCUUGCACAGUGCCGGACGCUGCUGGCCAGUGUGGGGGCUUCCUGCCACUCAGACCAAGGGGACCGGCCGUCCCCAGUGCUGCUCAGCUGUGGCAUCCCCUUCGAUGUGGCCAGGAACGCGCUCCGGCUCAGCGUGGGCCGCAGCACCACCAGGGCCGAGGUGGACCUCGUUGUGCAGGACCUGAAGCAGGCCGUGGCCCGGCUGGAAGGCCAGGCCUAGUGCUGGGGCCGCCCUUGCCCUCGGUGGCCAGGACAGGGCCGUGGUCACUGCGCCCAUAGGAAGCCCGUUGCUGAGCGCUCGGUGUCUGACUGUGCCUCUCAGCUGCGCCAGGGCCACACUUACUUCCUUUGAUCCUCGCUGUCAUGGAGUACCCAGGCACAGGGGUGUCCGUCCGUGUGCCUCCUCCCCUGAAUGUGGGCUGAUGCAGAGAUGUCCUGCCCAGCCCAGCUCCUGACAGGCCCAGGACACCAGCACCCACGUAGGACUGUCCCAUGGCGCUGCCAGAGGCUGUGUGGAAAUGGAAACGCUUCUCCCCUUGUCCCUCUGGGCACUCAGGACUCCCACCCUCCGAAGGCUGGCUUUAUCCAAAAGAUAAAAUCCACUGCCAGUAAGCUGCUGUCAAAGAUAGGAAACUAUGGCACCUGCACCAUGUGAUGUGGCCUCCCCUGACCUCCGUGUGCAGUGACCCCCAGAUGGGUGGUAGCUGCUGCUCUCGCCUCCCUGGCCCCACCAUCAUCCUGACGAUGCCUUGUCCCCGUGGGACACCUUCCUGGCAGACAAGCAUGGUCUGCCCUCAUGGUUCUGUGGGCCACUGUCCACUGCCCUGCCCAGCCCCCCAUUGUGCCCGCUUCCCCCUCUGCUUUCUUACUCAGGAUUCAACUCCAGCGUCACUGCUGUGAGUGUGUGCAAUUCUGGGUCACCCCGAGGUGGGGGCCAGGUCAUCCCUGACUCUCCUUACUGUUUGCAAAAGAUUUGUUUAUCCUCACAGAAUGUAUGGCAUACACAUCAAAUGCCAAUAUUUACAUAGGAAUAAUUUUCAGAGAGUAACAUUUUUAAUGUGCUUUUAAGGUCCAAAGAACUAUAGGAUGAUAUUGAGGAAAGGAUUAUCAGAAAUUAAAUGAACUAAUUAAAGAUUUCCAUGCCUA